AUGUCUCCUGCUCCCUCCUGGAUCAGCUCGACUUCCUGGGACUUUUCAGUUAAACCCACCUGGCUCUUUCAUUCGUCCUUCGAGAGGAUCCAGAUGGAUGCCUCUCCUCUGUCCUGUGAAGGGGUCCAGGCAGACUCCGCUGAUCAGUCCUGCAAGGGGGUCCAGGCGAAUGCUGCUCACCCGUCUGAUGAAGAUCUUCUGCUCAGGAAGCUUCUGGAGGCUGAGGUUGAUGGAGCUGCAGCAGCUCAGGAAGUGUCGGCUCUGAGAGAAUCUGUUGACAAACUGUUUGGUUCUGAUCCAAAGAAGCUGUCAGGUUCUGUCUCUUCGGUUCUGGUCCAUCAGAAGGAGCUGCUGCUGCAGAAACUGAAGACCUUUGAAGCCACAAACCGGACCCUAAGGCACCUCCUCAGGGAGCAGCUGGAGUCUGAGAUGGAGUCCAAACGGCUGUCGGAGCAGAAGAACCAGUUAUUGACGAAGCUCACCAACACAGAAGCAGAAAACGCUCAUCUUCUGGUGAAACUUGAACAGAAAGACAAAGAGGUUGAUGAUCUCUGCAAAUGUCUACACUCUGAGAAGGAAGACGCUCAGAGCUCGGCUGUCCUGUCCAAGAGCCUGGAGUCCAGCAGAGCUUACCUGCAGGGACAGCUUCGCAGCAGAGAGGCUGAGAACAACCGGCUCAGAGUCCAGAUCAAGAACCUGGAGCGAGCAGCCGACAAGCAGAAAGCAAAGCUGGAGCACCUGAUGGAGCAGCUGAAGAAGCUGAAACAGGAAGCUGUGAGUGACAGAGAGGCUCUGAAACAAGCCACUCGGGCCCAGAAACACAGAGCCGAGCGCAGUGAGGACGCCGCAGGCCAGCUGAGCACCCAGCUGCUGGACAUGGAGAGGCAGGUGGCUGAAGCUCUGACAGCAGCUGAAGCCUGGCAGAGUCGAUACACUGAUGAGGAACAAGAGAAAACCGAGCUGGAGCUCCAGGUGUCUGUGAUGAGCAGCCGCAUCUCCGAGCUGACGGAGCACCUGCAGAGAGCCGAGGUCAAAGGUCAGACGGACACAGAGGCUCUGCUGGAUCAGCUGCAAGAACUGACUUCAGAAAACACAGCAGAAAGACUGGAGAACCAGUCUCUGAAGGCCACGGUGUCCUCGGUGGAGGACAAGCUGUCCAUGUGUCAGUCUGAGCUCCAGCAGGUCCGAUGUUCCAUCAGACAGUAUGAGGACCUGCUGGAUAGCUACAAGCUGCAGAUUGAGAAGACCCGGACCGAGGCCGACGACUACUGCGUUCGCCUGGCUCUGGCCGAGCAGGAGGCCCGGUCAGUGCGAGGGGAGCUGGAACAAGAGAUCCAGGAGGUGCGCAGGGAGCUGCAGGGCCGGCUGACGGAGCUGGAACCUCUGCCUGAGGCGUUACGGCACUCUGAGCUGCAGCUGAAGGAGGCCCGGGACCGCCAGCGCAUCCAGGAGAGGCGGAACCAGGAGCUCAGCAACACCCGGACGGACCUGAGGACGAAGGUGGAAAUUCAGGGAACCCAAAUGGAUCUUCUCAGACAGAGGAACAAGAGUCUGAUAGAGGAGAACCGAAAACUCCAGCAGCAGAUGGAGAACCUGGAGAGGAAGCUGGAAGAGGUCGGCAUUCAGAACUCUGACCUUCUCGCCCUGGUGGCAAAGCAGGAGAAAGCUGUCCACAGAAACCAACUUUCUCUGGAGGAGAAGACCAGAGAGAGUUCUGCUCUGGGCCGAAGGCUGGAGGAAGUUCUGGAUGAUGCUCGCCAACAGAUGUCAGAGACCAGAGAACGUGUUGCAGCUAAAGAACGUUUCACCCAGUCCAAGAUCCUGAACCUAGAGACCCAGGUCAGCAGGACCACCUCAGAAACUGAAAAGCUGAAACGCAACAAGGAGGAGGUUGAGAGGCGGUACCAGAGCCGACUGCAGGACCUGAAGGACCGCCUGGAGCAGUCGGACAGCACCAACCGAAGUCUGCAGAACUACGUGCAGUUUCUUAAAGCAUCAUACGCCAAAGUUUUUGGUGAUGUGGCCCUCAGUGGCUCUCUACGGGCCCCCUCACCCAUCUGA